GGCAGUCUGAGGCAUCUCUUUUGGAGUAAUUUAUUAAUGGAACAUUGAGAGUGAGGCAUUGUUGUUUUGCAACUUUUCUUUCCAUAUCUCUCCUGCAAAAAAUUGGAUUCAGAAUAUUUCCUGUUUUGGCCCCCAGACAAAAGCUCAAUCCGCCAUGGCAGCUCCCAAAGACAUAACGAUAGAAAACCUCAACGGAAAAUGGACCCUUGAUAAAUCCCUGUCUUCUCCGACAGAUCCACUGCUAGCACUACAAGGCAUCAAUUGGGUUGUUCGGAAGGCAGUUGGGAUGUCAAAUGUUAUUCUUGGCAUCAAAGAAUAUGCCGAGGUCGAUGAAAGCACUGGGGAACCCGUGAUACGAUUUGAAAUAUCCCAGAACACUACCAGCGGUCUGCCAGGUACCACUGAGUCGAGAUGGGUUGAUGGAAACGAGAGGAAACAGGAAGAUCAUAUUUUUGGUAAAACCGCGGUGUCUAUGAAUUGGAUUAACGAAUCCAAGAAUGUCAAAGGGAAAAUAUUCCCAGUCGUUGAUAGUAAAACUAUUCUCGUUUACGAUGAUAAUAUUCCCAAAUUUCUCGCAGGUGAGGUCAAUGACGACAACAGUCCAUCUGACGGCUUUCUAGUUGAGAGACCACAAAAGGACGUUGGGAAGGAAGGAGAUGGGCUCUGGCUUCAACUAUUUAUUCGUAACUUAGAUGGAAAGUGGACAGCGGAGCAGACAUGGGGCUUUGAGAACAUCGCGGAGACAAGACGCUACGUCCGGCGUGUUGUAGUUUCCAAUAGCAAAGGAGAGUAUCGUGUAGCUCGACUUGUGUAUGCCUUCGAGGGCUAA